AUGGCUGUAGUCACAGAACGCCGCGCAAAGAAGACAAUCUCUCGACUUGAACACUCGCUGCUUUUACAGCCCGUUCAAGACGCAAUGUCCCUGACGCCUCCGGACCAACCCUCUGGCUUUAGUCAUUCCCAUGCCGCCGAUAUUACCACCUCCACCACCACUCCUAGCCCCACAGAUCGACUCGAGCACCUCACAGGCACCCUAACUAGCCAGGAUCCUGCCACACAAGCUCACAGCAACAACAACAGCUCGAGUAAAAAGAGACGCGCGUUCAAGACAAAGACAGCUGGAGAGCUCCGCAAGUCCUCGUCAACUCCACACAUGCGUCACUUAGCUAUUGGAACCCCCGGCGACGUUUCGCCAACAAACAACAAGCCGCGCAACAAGCUCGGCUAUCAUCGCACUUCAGUCGCUUGUGGUCAUUGCCGACGGAGGAAGAUUCGAUGCCUCUUAGCACCCGACGACCGUCAUGGUCGCUGCUCCAACUGCAUUCGAUUGAAGAAGGAAUGCAACUUCUACCCCGUAGAGCACAACCCUGACAUGCCGCCAUCUCAGUCAGUCUCGUCCAAGUCGGGCAGCGCGGUUCAGCCGGCAACACCGGUCUCUUCCUCACCUAGACACCCCCUAUCUGCCUCUGGCGACACAAUGGGUGAUUUCCGUACGCCCUUCUCGGGGCCUCCUCCGUCGGCGGCGCAGCCUCUAACCUACGGAUACCCCAUGGAGCUCGAAAACGACCCGCACCACGUGCCUAGCUCAAACGGCUUACCUGUACAGCAACCCUCAUAUCCUUACCCACCCUCAAUAGACACGCAGUGGCCUCCAGCCAACGGCUUUUUGCCGUCUUCUACAGUGGCUGAAAGCCCAUCAUGGCGACACUCGCCCUCGACGGUCAACUCUGCUUACGGCAGUGAAUCCAACGUUUCAGGCGGCCAUACGCCAGCUGCUAUGAGCACAAGCUCGACAAUGUCCUACGGCCACCAAGAUGGCCACUGGGCUCAACAGCCAUCAUUCCAACCACCAUCGCGCUCAAUGUCGUAUGGCAACAUUGAGGGCCUCCAGCAAUAUCCUGGCCAAGGCCUUGGGAUCCAAAACGACACCUUUCGACGAACCUCUCCAUAUCCCUACUCGACAACAAUAGACACAAAUUCAGGCGUACACGCUACUACCACAUUGGGCUGCUCAAGCGCCGCACCUCUCUCAGCGUCCAUGGCGCCAAAUAAUUCGUAUUAUCCCCCAGCCUGGUCUUCAUACGAUACGAUGCCAAACUACGGCCCACCCUUGCCCUCGUCAGGGCGAUCGAUGAGCGCACAAUGGUUUGCAGAGCCAGUGCACCUGAAUCGGGUACAAGAGGAAGUUACACCAGCCAUGGGAUUCAACCAGCAAGGUUUGCCACAAUUCUACUCAGCGUCUUAG